AUGGAAUCCUCAGCACCCCCUGCUGCCUUGUCUGUGACUGAGGUUAACGGGCCUGGCACCCAAGUGGCGGAGCCGCAGAUUGCAAUGUUCUGUGGGCGUCAACUGUUACAUAUGAACCCACAGACGGGCCAGUGGGAACCGGACCCUCAAGGGCGCAAGGACUGCUUCAAAGAUCCCAGUGAAAUUCUCUCCUACUGUCAGGAGAUGUACCCAGCGCUUUCCAUCUCCCACGUAGAGGAGGCAAAAAGUCCUGUGAACAUCCCUUACUGGUGUAAGAAAGGCUGGAGCCACUGCCAGGCACACCCUUUCAUAGUGGUGCCCUAUCGCUGUCUAGAGGGCGAGUAUGUGAGCGAGGCUUUGCUGGUUCCAGACCGGUGCCGCUUCCUCCACCAGGAGAAGAUGGAUGCCUGCGAGAGCUAUGUGUAUUGGCACAACAUUGCAAAGGAGGCCUGUACUGUAGAAAAUCUGGAGCUUCACAGCUAUGGAAUGCUUUUGCCUUGCGGAGAAAAUUUCCGCGGGGUGGAGUAUGUUUGCUGCCCAGGUCGAAGCAGCUCAAGCAGUAAGGCAGACUUGGAGGAAAGAGAACUGCUUGCUGGCCACCAGACGUCACAUAAUAGCGGAAUUUUUAAUUCUGCUGUCAAAGUGACAGAACCCACCCCGACCCCCACCUCUGACACAGACGUGUACGAGGCGGACAUGGAGGAUGACGAUGACGAAGUGGUGGAAGAAGAUGAGGAGGAAGAGGAAGAUGAAGACGAGGUCGAUGAGGAGGCGAUGGAUGAGGAGGAUGAGGAGGAGCCCGUUGCAGUGAGAAACUCCGAGAAGUACGAAUACCCCAUCGACUCUGGUACCUACCAGAUGUCUGACUAUCUGGACUCAUCCUACGAUGUAAAAAGCUACAAAGCCACAACCUCGCCACCUGUGAUGAAGGAAGACAGUGUGACAACAACUCGGCCCACAGAUGGCAUGGACGUCUAUUUUGAGAAGCCAGCGGAUGACACGGAGCAUGCCAACUUCCUGCGUGCCAAAACAGACCUGGAGGAGCGGCGAAUGAGGUGCAUCAAUGAGAUCAUGAAGGAGUGGGCCGCGGCAGAUAAGGGGUCAAAGUCGAAGAAUCUGCCAAAGUCAGAGCAGCAAGCCCUAAAUGAGCACUUCCAGUCUGUGCUGCAAACGCUAGAGGAACAAGUGGCGGGCGAGAGGCAGAGGCUGGUGGAGACACACUUGGCCAGAGUGGAGUCCAUUCUCAACAACAACCGCCGCUUGGCCCUGGAGAGCUACCUGUCUGCAGUCGAGUCCGAUGAGCCACAGCCGGACCGUGUGCUACAGGCUCUGAAGCGAUACAUGGCCGCCGAACAGAAAGACCGAAGACACACGCUCAGGCACUAUCAGCAUAUCGUGGCCGUCGAUCCGCAGAAGGCCGAACAGAUGAAAUUCCAGGUGUAUACACAUCUGCAUGUUAUUGAGGAGAGGAUGAACCAGAGUCUGGCGCUGCUCUACAAGGAUCCUAUUUUGGCUGAGGAGCUCCAUGAUGAUAUCCAAGAGCUUGUGCGGGCAGAGCGGGGAGAUAUCAGCGAGCUCAUGACCACAUCGUUUUCUGAGACGCAUACAACUGAGGAGCUUUUGCCAGCUGACUGUGACGAAGAGAAGGAUGAUGAGGAAGAAGAGGAGAGAGAAUUUCAGAAUAGGCCCUACCCUCCCCGCGUUGACCUGCAGACGAAUAAAAAAGGAGAUGAAUACGACUAUGCCACAUCUGAGAAGACUCCUACCUAUGAAUAUGAGGAAAAGAUCAACACCUCUGUGGAGCUCAAACAGGUUGUGUACAAGCAUGAUGAAAUUGAGAGAGAUGAACUGCAACCUGAUGCCUUGGAGACAUUUAACCGCGGUGCCAUGGUGGGCUUGCUGGUGGUAGCUGUGGCCAUCGCCAUGGUGAUGGUCAUCAGUCUGUUGCUGGUGCGCAGGAAGCCUUACGGCACUAUUAGCCACGGCAUCGUCGAGGUGGACCCUAUGCUGACCCCAGAGGAACGACAGCUCACCAAAAUGCAGAACCACGGCUACGAAAACCCCACUUACAAAUUCUUUGAGCAAAUGAACUGA